AUGUCCCUUACUACCCAGUUCGCCUUCCGGACUCUCAAAGGUAUCGGCGUGGUCAACGGUGCACCAACAUAUGAGCCACUUCCCGCGUUUCAGAGACCGGAAGGAAAUCUCCGUUGCUGCGCCUACUCACCUUGUGGUCGGUACUUUGCAUGGGCCUCUCCUGAACAGGUCAACAUCAUAAACGCCGAUACCGGGGCAAUAAUCUCCUCUCUUCCGGCCGAGAAUGUUUUCGAAUUAGGCUUCUCGCCUUUGGGCACCUACAUUAUUACAUGGCAACGCCCCUCCAAAGACGAAAACGGUGAUGCGGUUAGGAACCUCAAAGUCUGGCUGGUCAUUGAUGAAAAGGCGACGGCAGAAGGUGUCGAAAAAGAGGCGAUUGCCCGGUUUGUUCAAAAGUCCCAGACAGGUUGGAACUUGCAGUACACCUACGACGAAGCAUUUUGCGCGAGAGUGGUCACAAAUGAAGUCCAAAUCUACCAGAGCCAUGACUUGACAACUGUCUGGAAUAAGAUCCGGGUCGAAGGUGUGGCGGAUUUUGCGGUUUCACCAGGAAAGAAUCACGCCAUUGCAGUCUUUGUGCCCGAAAGAAAGGGACAACCAGCUGCCGUCCGAGUCUACAAUGUGCCCAACUUCACUACUCCAAUAUCUCAGAAAAACUUCUUCAAGGGAGACAAAGUCCAACUGAAAUGGAAUGAUAAUGGUACUUCUUUGAUUGUCUUGGCUCAGACAGAAGUGGAUAAAACCGGCAAGAGUUACUACGGAGAGACCACACUUUAUCUGCUCAGUGCAAAUGGUGGGGUCGACUCGAGGAUCGAUCUGGACAAAGAGGGACCGAUUCAUGACGUCUCCUGGUCGCCCAAGUCGAACAGCUUCGCUGUGGUCUACGGUUACAUGCCGGCGAAAACUGUCAUUUUCAAUGCCAAAGCACAGUCAGUCCAUACAUUUCCUCUCGGACCGCGAAAUACUGUCCUCUUUUCCCCACAUGGUCGUUUUGUGCUUGUGGCCGGUUUUGGGAACCUUGCCGGACAGAUGGACAUCUAUGAUUUGGAGAAACACUUCACCAAAAUCUGUACCAUCGAAGCAAGCAAUGCCAGUGUGUGCGAAUGGUCACCCGACGGUAUACAUGUCCUGACGGCAACUACCUCGCCCCGCCUCCGAGUUGACAAUGGUAUUCGCAUUUGGCAUGCCAGUGGCCCGUUGAUGUACAACGAGGACAUGAAUGAGUUGUACCAUGUCUGCUGGAGACCACAGCCGUCAUCAUCAUUUCCGCUGGCCGCCAAUCCAUUCUCUCCAACUCCAGCGCCCCACAGCAGUGCCACGGAAUACAUGGCCGCACGCAAAACACCCAGCAAACCUGCGGGAGCGUAUCGACCACCAGGUGCGAGAGGUCAAGUCACCCCCCUGGCUUUCAAACGUGAGGAUGAGGGAGGGGCUGCGUUUGUUCGUGACGGCGUGUCGUCAUUUCCCAGCAACGCCAAUGGAUUUGGUAAACCACGUCAACGCAUUGUCCCAGGAUCUGAAUUUGUGGAAGAAAAAACCCCUCUGCCGCCUGGGGCGGCUCCUGGGGGUGGUGUCAGCCUAACAGGUACUGGAGAAGGAGCAGAUGGAGAGCCGAUGUCAAAGGCGGCUAAGAAGAACGCAAAGAAACGAGAGGCGAAGAAAGCUGCGGCCGCUGCCGCACGUGAACAGGCAGCGGCAGGUAACCUUGUCCCUGACCAACAACAAGCGGGAGGAAGGGGAAAGAGUCCCAGUCGAAGUCCGGAUGGCCGUGGUCAUCAACGCAGUCGAAGCAGAAAUUAUGUCCCUGCCCCAGGUCUUGAACCGCCAACUGGCCCUAAGAAGGAGCGCAGUCGGAGCAACAGCAGAAGACAACAUGGCGAUAUUACGAACUCGGUUAAUAGCCAGGCUAAUGGUACCCCCAAAGGACCUGGAAAUGCUCAAGGAACACCCAAUCAGAAGCCUCGUGCUACCGCACCUACAAAUAUUAACACGACUGCACAGAUCCCGCCGCCGCCUCCGGUACCACAGGGACAGGUCCCGCCAGAGUUGGAGGUUACUAGCCCGAUGACUCCUGGAGGCAAUCCCCAAGACAAAAAGAUCCGUGGUCUUUUGAAAAAGAUCCGAGCGAUCGAGGAUUUGAAGAUGCGGUUUGCCGGAGGCGAAAAGUUAGAAGAUACCCAGAUGAGGAAGAUUGCUAGUGAGGAUGCUGUGAGAAAAGAAUUGGUGGCUCUAGGAUAUAAUGGAUGA